AUGCAAGAUGAUUACUCUAGAUCCCGAAAGGAGAGAGAGGAAUUGGACCAUGCAAUUGCACUUUCUUUGGCUGAAGAUAUGAAGAGACCACCUGGAUACAAAGGCUGGACAGACAAUAUUGGAGAUCCAAGGGCACCCCAGGGUAGCCUCAAUUCAUCCGCAUAUCCUCCUUAUGCCCCUAAUAAUUAUUAUCCAACAGGAUAUAGAAUAUGUGGUGGAUGCAACCGUGAUAUUGGCUAUGGAAACUAUUUAGGAUGCAUGGGAACCUUUUUUCACCCAGAGUGUUUCUGUUGCCGUUUUUGUGGUUUCCCUAUUACUGACUCUGAGUUUUCUUUGUCAGGGAGGCAUGCAUACCAUAAGUCCUGCUUCAAAGAGUUGCAUCAUCCCAAGUGUGAUGUUUGUCACCAAUUUAUCCCAACAAAUGGAGCUGGUUUGAUUGAAUAUAGGCGUCAUCCAUUUUGGUCCCAGAAAUAUUGCCCUUCACACGAGUAUGACAGCACAGUGCGAUGCUGCAGUUGUGAACGCUUGGAGUCUUGGAAUGCAAAGUAUGUAUCUUUGGGCGAUGGACGGAGCUUAUGUUUAGAGUGCAUGGAAUGUGCUGUAAUGGACACUGGUGAUUGUCAACCACUCUACCAUUCCAUAAGAGACUACUAUGAAGGAAUGAACAUGAAAAUCGACCAGCAAAUUCCCAUGCUUCUAGUUGAAAGACAAGCACUUAAUGAAGCAAUUGUGGGGGAAAAAAAUGGCUUCCACCACAUGCCUGAAACAAGGGGUUUAUGCUUGUCUGAAGAGCAGACAAUUCCGAGUAUACAUAAAAAGCCAAAAGUGGGGGACCAUCAACUUGUAGGAAUGAAAACACGACAUCAAAAGCUAACUCGAAUUUGUGAAGUCACUGCUAUUCUGGUUCUGUAUGGCCUCCCAAGAUGCCCAAGAUUUUCUGCUGCUUGUAAUGAUAAAAGAGCUGUAGAUCAUAACCUUAAGUACAGAGAUAAGAUAGAAAUUAACCUACAAGGAAUUGACACAGGAGUUGUGAUUCAUUUAUUCUACUACCUGGCAAUGGCUGCAAAAAUACUACUAACCGGUGCUAUUCUUGCUCACGAGCUAAUGCAUGCAUGGUUAAGACUUAAAGGGUACAAUAAUCUCAGUUUAGAGGUCGAGGAGGGUAUUUGUCAAAUGCUUUCAUAUAUGUGGCUCGAGUCAGAGUUGAUGCCUGAAGUUGGAAAUAUGCCGUCCACAUCUGGAGCUUCGUCAUCAUCAUCGUCUUCAUCCUCUAAGAAAGGUAGGAAGUCUGAUGUUGAGACUCAGUUGGGAAAAUUUUUCAUGCAUCAAAUUGCGAAUGAAGUUUCUCCUGCCUAUGGUGGAGGAUUUAGGGCUGCUUACGAAGCCGUGAACAGGUAUGGGUUACGCCGUACCCUCGAUCAUAUUCGUUGGACUGGAAACUUUCCUCUGUAA